AUGUGUCUGUAUUUUUCUGCAGGUGACGAACUCCGCCGCGGCCGGUCUUCGAGGAGAGACGAUCCCCGGCGGCACACGCUGUCCGGCGAUCAACAUCACAACUAUCAACCGGCCCUGACGAGGUCCAUGGACUUGGAGAUGGGAACGAAAAUGCAACGGAAAAAAUCUCCUGCGUCCAGAGGAGGAUAUCCACCGGCUACUGGGAUGCUGUUCGAUGACGAUCCAGGCAUAAUGUCCGAAGUGGAAACCAGUUCUACCGGGUUCCGAAGAGGUAACAAGCAAAGGAGCUCGUUGCCGGUCGUCAGAACCCCGUCGAAAACUUUAGAGCGACCAUUGGGUGACCCGAUGUUGAAUGACGAAAUGGCUUUCCAUAAUAUGAUGACUCACCCACGACAAAGUUUAGGUCUGGUAUUCUUGCAAUACCGUAGUGAAACGAAAAGAGCACUGUUACCGAACGAAAUCACCUCCAUAGACACGGUCAAGGCGCUGUUCGUCCGGUCUUUUCCAAAACAACUCACCAUGGAAUACAUGGACUCGGCCCUCGUCAAGAUCUACAUUCACGAUUCGUCGAAAGACAUGUUCUACGAGCUGGAAGAUCUCAGGUCACACCUCAACGACAUCCGUGAUCGGUCGGUGCUGCGACUUUUCGAGUCAGCCGAGGGCGGCCCGCUACUCCAGGGCCUCACGAUAGCCGCCCCCACGUGGGACCAAGAUCAAUCGUACUUUAGCGAGCCGGAAUUCGAUUCGGAAUACCAACAUCAACACAUACACAAGACCAAGGAUGAACCAAUUAACUCGGUGGCGUUUAGCGAUGAUUUUAGUCGCUUAUGUCAGACCGCCAUUUGCGUUUUAAUCGACUUCUUGUGGCACCUGGGACACUACCGACGGAUAAAUAGAAUAAAAUAUCAACUCCAAAAUAAUUAA